AAUGAUAUAGUAAUUAAUGAACGACUUCAACUUGACCCUGACCCCUCACCACUUCACCUUACUCACUACUACACCUCACCGGCCCCAUCUCUCUCGCCGGCUAACUGUCACCGCUAACCGUAACCUCCGCCGGCGUGGCAAUGUUAACAGCAAGAUCACACUCACUCUCUUAUCUCAACCACUUCUUAAUGACGUUGCCAUUUUUUCUUCUCAUUUUCUGCUCUCUUCUUCAUUCCUCUCUCGCCAUCCGUCCUACUCACUCCGAUCGCUUAGAUUUCGAACUCACCAACUCCACCGACUCCAAUGUCUCCCUCUCAACUCCUCGACAAGGCUCCUUCGCUGAUAUCAUUGAUCGAGCUCUUCAGCACGAGUUCACCGACAAUGAUGAUCAAAACGAAGUGCCUGAUUCGGGAGGUUUUAAUAACAGUGUAGCAGAACAACAGGCUGUUCUGGAGACUGUGGCAAGAGUGACGCCGAACAAGAAUGACACUAAAGAUGAAAAGUCAUUUCAACUCCAUCGUGUAUUCAAUAGAGGCGAGGACACGCCAAUAUUAAUAGAUCGGAAGGAUAAUGUAUUUAUCAUUUCUAACUUUAAAUCCAAGUAUCCGGUGCUACAACUAGAUUUAAGAUUGAUUUCAGACUUGGUAGUUGCUAUUGUUUCAGCAACUUGUGGCGGUGUUGCUUUUGCUUUUGCUGGACAACCGGUCAUUACUGGAUAUCUUCUAGCUGGCUCCAUUGUUGGACCUGGAGGCUUUAACUUCAUCAAUGAAAUGGUGCAGGUGGAAACAGUGGCUCAAUUUGGCGUAAUAUUUAUUCUCUUUGCAAUGGGCCUGGAGUUUUCCAUGACAAAGCUUCGAGUUGUUCGGUCUGUUGCAGUUCUUGGAGGCUUACUUCAGAUUUUUCUAUUUAUGUGCAUGUGUGGUUUUACUGUAUCGUUAUGUGGUGGUAAAGCUUCUGAAGGGAUAUUUGUUGGUGCUUUCCUUUCUAUGUCUUCAACAGCAGUGGUUUUGAAGUUUUUGAUGGAAAAGAACACUACCAAUGCGCUUCAUGGACAAGUCACAAUUGGGACCCUUAUUUUACAGGACUGUGCUGUUGGAUUGCUCUUUGCAUUGCUUCCAGUUUUGGGAGGAACCUCAGGUGUUUUUCAAGGAGUUAUAUCAAUGACAAAGCUGUUGGUGACAUUGAUUGCAUUUCUCUCUAUUCUUUCGAUAUUGUCUCGCACUUGCCUUCCGUGGUUUCUUAAACUGAUGAUAAGCCUAUCAUCACAGACAAAUGAACUCUAUCAGCUGGCGUCUGUUGCAUUCUGCUUGCUUGUAGCCUGGUCUAGCGAUAAGCUGGGAUUAAGUCUAGAGCUAGGUUCCUUUGCUGCAGGAGUGAUGAUUGCAACCACUGAUCUAGCUCAACAUACACUAGAGCAAGUUGAACCUAUUUGCAAUCUUUUUGCUGCUCUUUUCCUUGCCAGCAUUGGAAUGCUGAUUCAUGUACAUUUUCUUUGGAACCAUGUUGAUAUUUUGGUAGCAUCAGUAAUUUUGGUGAUUGUAAUUAAAACAAUCAUAAUUGCUUCAGUUGUAAAAGGAUUUGGUUACAAUAACAAGACUUCAGUACUUGUGGGAAUGUCCAUGGCACAGAUAGGGGAAUUUGCUUUUGUUCUUCUCAGUCGUGCUUCAAAUCUUCAUCUAGUUGAGGGUAAACUAUAUCUGCUGCUUCUUGGGACCACAGCUCUUAGUCUGGUGACGACUCCUUUACUUUUCAAGCUGAUUCCUGCUGUAGUGCAUCUUGGUGUGCUAUUGAAGUGGUUUUCUCCCGACAGUACAGUAGAGAUUGGAUAUAAGGUAGAUAUCCUCGUCCGCUCAGAUAGUGGUAAGCAGCGAAUAAUUUUGAUGGAUCAAGAAGCUCACGAUUGUUAAUCAUUGGCAUUGCAUUACACCAACGAGUUUCUGUUUUCGCGCGUCACUACUUUUCGACAGGGUUAUGGGUGCAAGUCCAUCGUCUCAACAUGUUCCAUGAUGGAUACUUGCAUACCAAACUGACACAAAUACUAACCAAUGCAUCUUUUCCGAAACCCCAUUGAAGCAAAGAGCAGGGGAGGGGAUUGAUAUAAGAAUAAAGAAAACUAGCAAGAACAACAAUGAUGCUGUGGAAGAUAUUCAUUCCAUAACUUCACUUUACAUUUUUUUUCCCUCGUACACAGGCCAGUGGCGUCUAUGCUUAUCUGUUUUUUAUUGUGUUUUGCUGUAUAUAUUUUGUUGUAUACUAUAUAUUUUAAUUUAAUUCAUUUGUUUUAGUUUUAA